ACAUACUAGCACAACGGAAAAGCCAGAUUUCAUGAAUGGCCAGUCUCUUGCCUUGUCCAAAGGCAAACAAUACAAAUCUCUCUUAAAACACUAUGCAGCCACUAAAGCCCUCACCAAAACCACCCAGCUCCAUGCCUUAGCCAUAGCAUCAGGCCUCCUCUCCCCCAAUCUCCGCUCAAGCCUUUCCGUUUCCUACGCCAACUGCGGCCAUUUGAAAUAUGCUCGUAAACUGUUCGAUGAAUUGCCUCAACCGGCCCUGUUUUCAUACAACAUGAUGUUAAAAACGUAUGCACAGCAUGGGUUUUAUUUAGAAACACUAAAUUUGUUUGUUAAAAUGGUUAACUUGGGGAAAUGUAGGGCAGACAACUAUACUUACCCUUUUGUUUUUAUGGCUGUUGGCGAAGAAAAGUUGGUCUUUUUUGGUGGGGUGGUUCACGCGAGAGUUCUGAUGGGUGGUUUUGAAAAGGACAGUUUUGUGAUGAAUUCUUUGUUGACAAUGUAUAUGAAUUGUGGGGAGAAAGAGGAAGGAAGGAAAAUUUUUGAUACUAUGUGGGAGCCUAAUGUGGUUUCUUGGAAUUCAAUGAUUAGUGGGUACUUUAAAAAUGGAUGUGCUAAGGAAGCUUUGGGGGUUUUUAAUAAGAUGAUGGAUGAUGGGUUGGAAAUGGAUUGUGCUACUGUGGUUUCGGUUUUGCCAGUUUGCGGAUUUUUGAAGGAAUUGGAGGUGGGGAGAAGGGUUUAUGAGUUGGUGAAAGAGAAGGGUUGGGGGGAGGAAAUGAUGGUGAGGAAUGCGUUGGUGGAUAUGUUUGCAAAGUGUGGGAGUAUGAAGGAAGCACGGUUCAUUUUUGAUGGGAUGGUUGAAAGGGAUGUGGUGACUUGGACUUCAUUGAUCAAUGUCUGUAUUUUGAAUGGUGAUGUGAGAGCUGCAUUGAGACUUUGCCUGUUGAUGGUACUUGAAGGUGUGAGACCUAAUUCGGUUACAUUAGCAUCUCUUCUUUCAGCUUGUGGUGAGUCAAAGAAUCUAAUGGAUGGCAGGUGUUUGCAUGGUUGGGCGAUAAGGCAAAGGCUUGAGUAUAGUGUUAUGGUGGAAACUUCAUUGAUCGAUAUGUAUGGUAAAUGCAAUCGUGUUGACCUUAGCUUCUUAGUUUUUAAGAAUACUUCAAAAAAGAAUACAGUUCCAUGGAAUGCAAUUCUCUCUGGCUGCUUACAUAAUAGGCUUGGGAAGGAAGCAGUGGAACUUUUCAAAGAAAUGCUGAUAGAAGGAAUGAAACCUAAUGCUGCUACCUUGAAGAGUCUUCUACCUGCAUAUGCCAUCUGUGCAGAUAUGCAGCAAGCAACAAACAUGCAUUCUUACCUGCUAAGGUCUGGAUUAGUGUCAAAUAAUGAAAUUGCUACUGCAAUGGUUGAUAUAUAUUCAAAAUGUGGUAGUUUAGAAUCUGCCCACAAGAUAUUUAAUGGGAUACCCAAUGAGAACAAGGAUAUUUAUCUAUGGAGUGUGAUGAUAGCUGGUUAUGGAGGACAUGGGCAUGGUGAGAUUGCUGUUUCACUUUUCAAACAAAUGGUUAGAGCCGGGGUAAAGCCUAAUGAAGUUACUUUCACUUCUGUGCUGCAUGCUUGCAGCCAUGCUGGUUUGGUGGAUGAGGGUUUAGAUUUGUUCAAACUCAUGCUUAGAAACCACCAAAUAAGCCCUCAAGCUGAUCAUUAUACUUGCAUUGUUGACCUUCUUGGUCGUUCUGGUAGGCUAGAUGAAGCUUAUGAUAUCAUUAAAACAAUCCCACUUGCACCUAGUCAUGCUGUUUGGGGUGCAUUGCUUGGCGCUUGUGUAAUACAUGAGAAUGUUGAGCUAGGGGAGAUAGCUGCAAAGUGGCUUUUUGAGCUGGAGCCAGAAAACACUGGAAACUAUGUGUUGAUGGCAAAAAUUUAUUCUGCAGCUGGAAGGUGGAAAGAUGCAGAAAAUAUAAGACAUAUAGUUAACGAAAUUGGAUUGCGGAAAGCACCAGCUCACAGUUUGAUUGAGGUCAGAAAUAUCAUAAAUUGGUAUAAGGAUUAUCAUUUUGAAUGCCUAAAUUCCUCAGCUUGAAAUUAUACUCAUAAAGUGGAAAUUUAUAUCCUAUGCCAAAGUCAGUGUUAAAUCACCAUGAUGCAAACAAGAACUAUACAUGAAGACUUGUUCAGAUGGG